AUGGCGAGCGCCAAGACGAAGCUGCAGCUGCAGGAGAGGGUCCCGCUCCCCCGCACGGCAUGGAAGCUGGCCGACCUCGCCGUUCUCUUCCUGCUCCUGGCCCUCCUCGCUCACCGUGUGUCCUCGCUGAUGGUGGCCAGCGGCGGCGGCGCGGCGUGGUGCUGGCUCGCCGCGCUCAUCUGCGAGGCGUGGUUCACGGUGGUGUGGCUCAUCAACAUGAACGCCAAGUGGAACCCGGUCCGCUUCGACACGCACCCUGAACGCCUCGCCCAACGCACCGACGAGCUGCCGGCGGUGGACAUGUUCGUGACGACGGCGGACCCGAGGCUGGAGCCGCCGGUGGUGACGGUGAACACGGUGCUGUCGCUGCUGGCGCUGGACUAUCCCGCGGGGAAGCUCUCGUGCUACGUCUCCGACGACGGGUGCUCGGCGGUGACCUGCUACGCGCUGCGCGAGGCCGCCGAGUUCGCCAAACUCUGGGUGCCCUUCUGCAAGAAACACGGCGUCAAGGUCAGGGCCCCCUUCGUGUACUUCUCCUCCGGCGGCGCGGCGGAGCGUGGUGGGGCCGCCGACGACGCCAAGUUCUUGCGCGCUUGGACACUCGUGAAGAACGCGUAUGAGGAGUUGGUCCGCCGGAUUGAGAACGCAGAAGAGGACUCUCUAGUCCGGCAUGGCGACGGCUUGUUCGCCGAGUUCGUGGGCGCUGAGCGCAGGAACCACCCGACCAUAAUCAAGGUCCUGUGGGACAACAGCAGCAAGAUGAACAGCAAGAGCGAGAGCAAUCAGGAGGCAGACGAUGCAAUCCCAAGCCUCAUAUACGUCUCCAGGGAAAAGAGACCCACACAGCACCAUCACUUCAAGGCCGGGGCCAUGAACGUCCUGACGAGGGUGUCCGCGGUGGUGACCAACGCUCCCAUCAUGCUGAACGUGGACUGCGACAUGUUCGCGAACAACCCGCAGGUGGCCCUCCACGCCAUGUGCCUCCUCCUCGGAUUCGACGACGAGCUCCACAGCGGCUUCGUUCAGGCGCCGCAGAAGUUCUACGGCGGCCUCAAGGACGAUCCUUUCGGGAACCAGAGCCAGGUUAUGUUCGAGAAAAUUGUACACGGAGUUGCCGGACUUCAAGGCAUAUUUUACUGUGGGACCGGUUGCUUUCACCGUAGGAAAGUCAUCUACGGCGUGCCACCAGACUCCAGCACCACCGGCAUCAAAGAUUCACCAUCUUACAAGGAGCUACAGAACAGGUUUGGCAGAUCGAAUGAACUGAUCGAGUCGGCGAGGACCACCAUUUCUGGGGACAUGUUCAAGGCGCCAACUGUGGUGGUGGCAGAUGAUCUAACGAGUCGCAUCGAAGCAGCGAAACAAGUUUCUGCGUGCAACUACGAGACCGACACGAGCUGGGGUCAGGAGGUUGGCUGGGUCUACGGGUCCAUGACGGAGGACAUCCUGACCGGGCAGCGCAUCCACGCCGCCGGCUGGAGGUCGACGAUCCUGAACCCCGACCCUCCGGCGUUCCUCGGGGGCGCACCGACCGGCGGGCCGGCCAGCCUCACCCAGUAUAAGAGAUGGGCGACGGGCUGGCUGGAGAUACUCCUCAGCCGCCAUAACCCGUUCCUUCUCGCCGCAUUCAAGCGCCUCGAUUUCCGGCAAUGCGUCGCCUACCUAGCCAUCGACGUGUGGCCUGUCAGGGCACCUUUUGAGCUGUGCUAUGCAUUGCUACCACCUUACUGCUUCAUUGCAAAUUGCUCCUUCUUGCCAAAGGCAUCAGAACCAGGUUUCGUCAUACCGCUGGCGCUGUUCCUGGCCUACAACAUGUAUAACCUGGGCGAGUACAUGGACUGCCGGCUCUCGACGCGCGCCUGGUGGAACAACCACAGGAUGCAGCGGAUCGUGUCGUCCUCCGCCUGGCUGCUCGCGUUCCUCACCGUGGUCCUCAAGACACUCGGCCUCUCGGAGACGGUGUUCGAGGUGACACGCAAGGAACAGCAGAGCUCGUCCGACGGAGACGCUGGCGAUGGCGCGGACGACGCCGAUCCGGGGCGGUUCACCUUCGACUCGUCGCCGGUGUUCGUCCCGCCGACGGCGCUCGCGAUGCUGAGCGUCGUCGCCGUCGUCGUCGGGGCGUGGAGGGAGGUCGCCGCCGGUACGGCGGAAGGCGCGCCCGGCGGUGUCGUCGGCCCGGGCGUCGGGGAACUCGUGUGCUGCAGCUGGCUGGUGCUCUGCUUCUGGCCGUUCGUGAGGGGGCUCGUCGCCGUCGGCAGGGGAAGCUACGGUAUCCCCAGGAGCGUCAGGCUCAAGGCUUUUCUGCUCGUCGCCGCGUUCGUGCACCUGUGCACGCGCAAGUAA